AUGUCGUCAAUGAACUCAUUACCGCGGAUCGCGGAGCCUGUACAGCGGUGGAAGAGGUUCGGUGAGAAGCAAUUGUUUCUACCAAACCACGUAGUCGCCCUCCUCCGCCCCAAGCCCAAACAGUCCCCCCACCUCGCCACCUUUGCCGUCCCCCUGCAGUUCAACAAGCUCGAUCUUCGGGACUAUCUUCACCAUGCUUACGGCGUCGAGACGACGGCUAUCCGCUCGUUCAUCAACCAGCCCAAACCCGAGAGGAAGAACAAGACUGGGCCUUGGUAUCGGCCCAGGGCGCAGAAGAUGAUGAUUGCCGAGCUGGUCAAGCCGUUUGUGUGGCCGGAGCCGGUGAAGGAUGAGGAGGCUCUCAAGCCGUGGGAUCAUGCGAUGUACCAGAAGCUGCAGAAGGAUAGGAGGGCGCAGGAGAAGAAGCAGAAGGACCCGAAGAAGGUGCCGUUGAGGAACAAGUUUGCGGUGCCGGAUGAUGUGAAGAGUGUGAGUCAGCAGGCGAGGGAGUUGUUGAGGAAGGCGAAAGGGUUGAAGGUCAAGGAGAAGGGGUUGAAGGUGGAGGGGAAGGAGGAGGGGGAAAAGGGGGAGGUGAAGGAUGAAUAA